UUAUAGAUGCUUUUUCUUAUUUAGGUAAUAAGUCAGUUUCGACAAGUCAAAAAUUAGAUUUCUCAGGAAUUAAAAGCUUUUAGGAAAAUCAUUUUACAUUAAAUUGCUUGCUUAAAAUCGCAUCUUAAAAAUCUUAAAGAUUUAAUCAAAUGAAUCCAGAAAUAAAAAAGAAAACCUCUAAUAACUCAACUGGACAUUAUAUGAAUUCAUCAGGACAUAUCCCAUUAAAAACCUCAACUCAUCCACCUUGUACUGUUGCAUCAAUACAACCAUAUGGCAUUUCACCAUCUAUUCAACAUAAAUCUUUAGUUCAUAAUCCUCCUAUUGUACUUUCCCCAAAAACUAUUAGGAAUGAUAGAUCUCAAGCUGCUUAUGAACCUGAAAUAGGACUGGUGCAAAAAAAUAGAAACAAUUCAUCUGCCUAUCCGUCUCCACACCAAACGCAAAAAACAUUUUACAUUAAUUCUGCACCAAAUACAACUCAUGGUAUUAAUUCAGAGCGUCAAAAAAUUGAAGAUGAAAUAUUAUUAUGUCAACGAGAAUUGGAUUCAUGUUGGCAAGAAGAUGUAUUUGACUGCCCAAGGGAUUUCACUGCAAUAGAUCGCCGAAGAGAAGAGUUCUAUGCAGAACAAUCAAAUGUCUAUUCAUGUUCUUCUCCACCACAUGACCAGGUAUUCGAACCUCUAGAAGAUUAUUUAGGAAAAAGUGUUUCAACUGAAGAUAUUUGCUUAUCUCCCCCAUGGGUAGAUGAAGAAGAAACUAUGAAAGUUCAUCAGAGGCAUUUAUUUAAUAUGUCAAAUAAAUCUUACCAUCAAACACAUCAUGAAACUAUGCAGCAGAAACAGCUACUGCAGCAAAGACAAGAUCAACCCAAACCCAAUGAAAAUCAGCAAUAUGCUUCAACUAAAUAUGGUGGGAUUUGUGAAUCAAAAAAUCAAUUACAGAAUGGAAAUUUUUCAGCAGUUAAUCAAUACAGUUUAAAGGCUCCAAACAUACCUGUUUCAUCUGCUUUAUUUACAAAGUCCAAAGUUCAAGCUGUUUCUCCUCAGCCUCGUAACCAAAAGAAAGUUAAUAUUGACAAUGUUGUCCGACAUAUUUCUUAUACGGAAGGACAAGAGUCACCCAAGGAUUUUUCAUUGUCAUCAUGGCCAAAAUCUGAAAUGAGUUCACGAAUACCGUCCUCAGAAAGAAUUAAUCUUUCACCACUGUGUAUGUCUGCAUUAGCAUCAGGUACACAAACGCCAGUUGAGUAUGAAGAGAAUGUUUUUCCGAAAAAGAGCACAACUGAUAAAGAUAAACUCUCUGUAAAAUCUAACAUAAAACCUGUUUCACAGCAGGCUGAAAAGAGACCUCUUGACAAUUACAAAGAUAGUGACGCUUUAAAAUAUGCUCAUCAUGCUGUUCCUAUGCAACCAGAACUUGUUAAAGUAUUUACUGAUGGUGCAGAAAUGGGUUCACGAAUCCCAUCGUGCGAACUAAUCAGCUUGUCGCCAUUAACUAUGUCAGGCAUGACAUCUAAAGCUCAGUCAGGUAUUCAAACCCCAAUUGAGCCAAAUACUGGUGUUGUGCCAAUAGCAGAUUCAUCAUCUAAAAGAGUUAGUUUUUCAUAUCCAGGUUCUUCUUGUAGUGAAAAGAGUUAUGAGUCAAGUGGAAGUAGUACAACAGAAAAGAUUAUUGCACAAGCUAAAAGCAUCUCUCCCUCAUUGCCUUCGUUAUCUGUUGAACAGCCUGCUAGUGACACCACUAAGGAUUUUUCGUAUAUUCCUCAAUCAGAACUUGGAUCACGUAUUCCUUCAUGCGAACGAAUACCACUUUCCCCUUUAUGUCAGUCUGCUGCCCCUUCAGGAUGUCAGACCCCUGCAAAUAUGGAACCAAAAGAACCUAGUGCUGAAGUUAAAUAUCGAUCAAAGAAGCCAAUGUCAAAGUUAGAGGAAGUGAUAAACAAAAUGAACUUAGCUUCAAGUUCAGCACCUCCACGUUUGGAUACUUAUGAGGAAGAUUCUGUCAAGAAUUUUGGGAGUUCAGAGCAUUCAUCCAGAAUGCAAUCUCGUGAAAAUUUAUAUUUUACACCUCCUUGGUCUUCAAGUACUUCAGGUAUGGUAUCUCCUUGUUCUGGUUUUAAUAGCAGGUUGAAACCUUUGAUUCAUCCCCCUUCCAUUCAGGAAAGAGUUGAAUCUGAGGUUGACAAGAGCAAGGUUGAUAUUUUACCUAACAGUGUCAAGAUGACAAAUUAUCAUUCUGUUUCGUUCAAACAACCCCCUCAGGUUAAUAAUUACCCAUUACGACACGAUUCUUGGUCUUCUGAAGAAUCUAUUAGUUCUAAUCAUACUGAUAUUUCUACCGUUGUAAAUGCACCUACUUCUAUGCAUAAUACAGCUCCAGCAUCACCAAUCCCUGAUGGUUCUGAAGAAUCAGAUAUUUCCUCAGAAGCUGAUGACCUUUCAGAAGCAUACAAUCAAAGAGUUUCUCCAACACAACAUACCACAAAUUUUAAAAAGGUUGAUCAUAAUAGUUUUCAAAGUAACAAUACUUCUUUCUGGCAUCAACAAAAUAAUAAUACUACCAAUUUUCCUCCAAAUAAUCAUGGUCCGAUCAAUCGUCAUCUUGCCUCUUCUGACCCGCAACAAGUCAAAUACAAUAAUUAUAAUAGUUCAGUACCAUUAAAAAGUUCUCAAUCUAACCAAGGUUAUUAUAACAGCCAACAGCCACCUCACCAUGAAUUUUCUAAUCAAUUUCAAAACCAUCAAUCUGUUAGUUAUCCACGUACUUUAGUUUAUCCUCAGCAUGCAAGACAACACAAUGUAGUGGGAUCAUAUAUUGCCCAACCACCAAACCCUCUUUACAAACCGAAUCCGAUUCCACAUAGUAAUGUAAAUGUUUUAUUUAAUCCUUCUGAACAAUUAAAUUCUCAACGUCGUGAUUUUGCUGACUAUCCACAUGACUCUGAGCAACAGCUGACAUAUCCUGUACAUAGAUCAGUAGGCUAUCAUACUAGAAUGCAAACUAUACAUGAAGGUCAUUUAAAUCCAUCAUAUCCUUAUACUCCAAAACAUCCCAAUGAAAAUUUCAGGACAUACCCUUUUUUCCAUAAUUCUAAAGAUUUUGUACCAAGCAAUGUUUUAUACAACAAAGUGCAAGGACAGCCUUUACAUUCAUUGCAGCAGUCGCAAGAGGUACGGAAAGAAAGAGCAUACAGUGUAACUAGUCUAGAACCAAAUCAUGACUCGCCACCUCAAUCAGAUGGCCUUGACACAAUAAGUUUAGUAAGCUUUGCUAGUCAAGGUGCAUCUAAUCAAAACUUAGAUACUAAAACCGAUAUGAUGUCAUCUUUGAUAAGUAUGCUUGGAACACAUGAUCCCGAUGAUAUGGCACGUACACUUUUGGCAAUGUCAAGUAGCCCAGAUUCUUGUACUGCUAUGCGCCAAAGUGGUUGUGUACCACUUCUACUAAAUUUACUGCAUAAGCGUGAUCAUCAUCAAGCAAUUAAUUGGGGUGCAAGACAAAGGGCUGCACUUGCUUUGCACAAUAUUAUUCAUUCAAAUAGUGAUGAUAGACGCGGAAAACGUGAAAUACGAGUAUUGCGUUUGCUGGAAAUCAUCAGAUCUCACAGUGAAGCUAUACUUUCAAAAGGAGAUCAAAAUUAUCGUCCCAACUUACUUGCAAUUCCUAUGGGUGAUCAUGGUCCUGGACCUGCUGUAGCUGCAAUAAUGAAGUUGUCAUUUGAAGAAGAACAUAAAAAUACAAUAUGUGAGUUAGGUGGAUUGCAAGUAAUUGGUGAAAUAUUGGCUGUUGAUUACAUGGCAAACAGUAGAUGCAAAGAUCCUUAUUCAAUUGCUCUCCGCAAGUAUGCAGGAAUGGUUUUAAUAAAUCUCACAUACAAUGAUUCUGGAAACAAAGCUAUUCUCUCUACUUUGCCCAACACAAUUAAAGCUAUUAUUUCACAAUUACAAUUUACAGAUGAAGAGGAUUUGGUCCAAGUGUUUGCUGGCAUUAUAAGAAAUGUUUCUUGGAGACCUGAUAAAAAUACUCAACAAGCUCUGCAGGCAGCAAAUGCUGUUCGUGGUUUAAUGAUAAGUAUUCAAAAGCUUCGAUCAGAAGUUUGCAUUCGUGCUGUUUUAAGUGCAGUUUGGAAUCUUUCAGCUCAUAGUUCUGAAAACAAAGAAGAAAUUUGUCGUACCCCUGGAUCAUUAGCAUUUCUUGUCUACGCUCUUAAUUACUGUUCACCCACUAAAAACUUAUCAAUUAUUGAAAAUGCUGGUGGAAUAUUAAGAAACAUAUCUUCUCAUAUUGCAGUUAGUAAUGAAUAUAGAUCAAUAUUGCGACAAGGAAAAUGCAUGCAGACUCUUGUGUUUCAGCUUCGUUCAACAAAUACACGAAUAGUAUCAAAUUCUGCUGGGAUCUUAUGGAACUUAUCAGCUAGAUGUGCAGAAGAUCAGGAAUUACUAUGGGAGCUUGGGGCUGUUUCAGUUUUAAAGAAUCUAGUUAAUUCUAAACACAGUUCAAUAUCUGCAAGCUCAGCUGCUGCGUUGAGAAAUCUCUUAGCAGUGAAGCCAGGCAGCAGUACCGAUACAGAAUCUCUUGCAUCUACUCAACACAAUCGUACUAACAGCUUGCCAACAAGGAAUCGCCCAAAUUUUUCAUUAGACCCAAAAUAUAAAUCUUUAAACAUCUCUAAGGAAAAAAAGUCUAUAUUUAGCAAAUUUCAAAAACAUGCUAACACUGGGGCUUAUCAAGAAUCAAUUACAUCAGAUGAAAGUUCAUUAGUUUACACACCUUUUCCUGUUUCAAUCAGCAAAUUAGUAAAACACAGUAAUUUUAAUUCCAACUUAGUUCAAAGUCCAACAAAAAGUGAUGUGAAAAUGGAUGUUCUUGAUGAAAAAAUAAGUGUUUGGAUGAAAAAAUGCACAUUGAAAAAAGAAGAUAUAUAUCAGGACUGCAAACUUUCAGUUACAAAAGAUUCGGUUCUUUUACACCAUUCUACAACAAAAAGUGUUUUAAAAAAUGAUCAAAAGAAAAAAGAAAAACUUCCAAAGGUGCAAAGGUUUAGUCGUAAAAACAAAAAACUACCUAUAAAGUCUUCUGUUGAUUCCUUAACUUCAAGGGAACCAUCCUUGGAUUUUGAUAGAGGGAAUGAUAAAAAUGUGUGGGUUAAGUCCUUAAAGCAGAAAUUGUUUAAAAAAUCUUUCUCUUCUGACCUAGACUCAACUGAAUUAAAACAUCUGUAAUCUUUUUAAACAUUGUAUAUAUUGUUUGAUUUGA